GGUUUAGGCUUUUCUGCCCAAAAGUUCCCCAUACAAAGGAUUGUUACCUUGACGUGGUGCUGGGGCUUGAGCUCCUCGAUGAUGUCAUAAGCUAUACCGUGCAGAGCCACCCAAGACGGGAAGCAUAUGGCAGAGAGGUCAGACUAAAUAUGAUCCCUGGGGAAGGUAAUGGCAACCCACCCCAGCAUUCUUGCUAUGAAAACUACAUGGAUCAGUACAGCCAGAGAAAUGUCAGUAUGCCAUCAGAAGAUAGGACUCUCAGGUCAGAAGAUGGUCAAACUGCUACUGGGGGAGGAACAGAGGACUAGUCCAACUAGCCCCAGAUGUGAUGAUGCAGUUAUCUCAAAGCUGAAAAGAAGGCUAACGGCCGACAGUGCUGGAGGUGAACGACAAAUCCGAUGUUCUAAAGAUCAACACACUAUAGGAGCCUGGAAUGUAAGAUCUAUGAGCCAGGGCAAACUGGACGUGGUUAUUGAUGAGAUGUCAAGAUUAAAGAUAGACAUUCUGGGAGUCAGUGAACUGAAAUGGACUGGAAUGGGCCACUUCACAAAAGAUGACCACCAGAUCUACUACUGCGGACAAGAGGAACACCGAAGAAAUGGAGUAGCCUUCAUAAUUAAUAAUAAAGUUGCAAAAGCAGUGAUUGGAUACAACCCAAAAAAUGAUAGAAUGAUCUCAAUUCGAGUUCAAGGCAAGCUGUUUAACAUCACAGUGAUCCAAAUAUACGCCCCAACCACAGCUGCUGAAGAAGCAGAAUUAGAUAAGUUCUAUGAGGAUCUGCAGCACCUACUAGAUAAUACACCUAAAAGAGACAUUAUUUUCAUUAUAGGAGAUUGGAAUGCUAAGGUGGGCAGUCAAAUGACAACCGGGAUCACAGGCAAGCAUGGUCUGGGACAACAAAAUGAAGCAGGACGUAGGCUUUUGCCAGGAAAAUUCACUGUGCAUAACAAACACUCUCUUCCAACAACCUAAGAGGCGGCUUUACACAUGGACUUCACCAGAUGGU